AUGGUGGAUUCAAAGAUUAUUAUUUCUGCUCCUGUUUUCGAAUAUUUGAAACCGACAAUUUUCUUCAUGAGAGUGUUUGGUUUGGCACCGAUAUCUUAUCAUCAAAUUAAGAAAUAUUAUGUGGUAGAGAGAUCCAAAAAAUACAUAUUUUAUAGCUAUGCAUUUGGCAUUAUUUUGAGUUUUGUAACUGUACUAGGACUCGUCAAUGAUGCAGUCUCUGAAAAUUCUCUACGAAUGAAUCUACCCAACAAUAAGUUGGUAGUGAUUUCUGAUAUAGGAAUCAUAGUGUGUAGUGUUCUAUUUGGUAUAUUGGUGAGCCCAUAUAAGCUAAAUCAGCUUCUUAAUUUAUUACAAUGUUUCCAUAAGAUAAAUUCAAUCAUGAACGAAUCGAAAAACCAGCUCAAGAAAGAAAAAAGGGUUGUACUGACUAUAGCCUUAACAGUUUACACUAUAUUCCUUCUAGUAUUCACCUUAGAUAUUUACUCUUGGAUGGAUAGAUUCAAACGUAAAGAAGAUGGUGCAAGAUACUUUAAAUACUAUUUCCCCUUUUAUAUAAUGUAUUUGGCUGUCAUGAGCCAAGAGCUUUCAUACUGUAAUUUCACCUAUUACGUGAAAAAACGUAUUAUUGGUCUGAACUCUGCAAUACAACAAGAGAUCAACAGGAAGCCUGAUGUGUUCCUGCAAAAAACGGAUGUUAAAAAAACUCCUGAUUCUAAAUUGCUGAUAGGAAGUGAAGGAGAUGUCUUGGAGAAUUAUAUAUUGACAGGAAAAACCUACUCUACUAUUAAUGAGCUCACGCCUCAAAAAAUUAGCAAUUUCAUCAGGGUACAUGCAGAAAUCUUUACUUCUGUCAACUACAUCAAUGAUUGUUUUGGAUAUCCUCUCUUGUUUAUAAUGACCAGCUGUCUUCUGCAUCUCGUCAUAACACCAUUUCUGUUCAUUACUGGAAAUAAUUAUAGGCCUCUCUUUAUAUGCCUCCAAAUCCUUUGGAUUUCUGUUCACAUUGGAAGGCUGUUUAUCAUCGUAGAACCAACUCACAGAUGUCUAGAAGAGUAUGAGAAGACGAACCCAUUGGUUGUGCACCUGUUGAGCAAAGUUGAAAAUAAAGAGGUCAAACAAAAGGUAGACCCGUAA